AUGAGUGGCCUGCAGUCGCAGCUCAACGACUGGUCACCUUCUUCGGCCGGGUCGCCGGAAAUGGCCGAGCACCUGCUAACGCUGUACGAGGAAGAAGGGCUCGAGGGGUUCAUGGACAUGGCGUACGGCUUUGCGGCGUUGGCGUAUAGCGCUGUGGGCGACGCCAACAUGGCCAUGUUGUAUGCGGAGAAAGCGAAAGAAGCCAUUCUGAUGAAGGAUGGAAAGUGGACUCGUAAUUUGGCCAUCUGGGAUAGCUUGAUGGAGGAUUUGCAGGAACACUGGAGUUGGAGGAGGCGGCUUUGA